AUGUGGCUGCUGCAAAAUGAAGGGGCCUUCCAAGGGCUUCGACUUUGGCUGCGGCCGGGCAAAACGUAUCUCUUUGGGAGGACGGCAUCGGAGCCUGGCCAGCUGAUACUCUCGCACCAUACCAUCUCGCGCAAACACCUGACAAUCACGGUCGACCACGUUCCCGAAGGACAUGCGCACAAUCUCUCGAGCCGAUCCAAGAUCAAGAUUGAAGACCUCGCAACUAAGAUUGGCACGGUGAUCAAUGGACAGAAAAUCAAAGGGGAAGUCUACGAUGUCCAGGUCGAGGAAUACGAGAUCAUGCUGGGCAAAUGCCCCGACACGUUCAGGCUGAAGUGGCAUCCAGUGGUCUUCACCUUUUCUUUUACGACUAAAGAGCUACAAAAGGAGCCACUGACCUCUCUCAAAGAGCGAUUCGAGCAGCUAGACAUUAAGCUGCUGACAGACUACAGCGUGAAGCACACGACACACGUCAUAUCGAAGAAGCGCAAUACGGCCAAGGGCUUGCAGGCCUUAAUCAAUGGCAAAUACAUUGUCACGGAAUCCUUCCUCGAUGCAAUAUCCGCUGCCACAGAACUCUCCGGUGGCGAGGACAGCCAAGAGCUGAGCUCUCUGGAGGCGGACUUUGACAGAUUCUGGCCAGAACCCAUGGAACAUCUGCCGCCGCGCGGCUCAGAACCAGUGCAACACCCAGAUGACAUGUAUGCGCCCGAUAGCCGGCGGAAAGAUGUCUUUGAAGGAUAUACCUUUAUCUUCUACAGCCAGAUCCAGUACGAUAACCUCAUGGCGCCCAUCGCGAACGGCGGCGGCAAGGCCAUGCUGCAUCCCAUCCAGCCGGAAGAGACACGGCCCGAUGAUUUUCUUGUUGGCUGGUACACCGAGUUCAUCACCGCGGUCUCACUGCUGUUAGAUCACAGGCCUAUUGAGCAAAACGAAUUUUUAGAAGCGAUCCUGAUCAACGAUGCAAGUAAAUUGCGACGGCCAUUGGAGGUGGAAUCCUCCCUCAGAUCCGAGGAUGCUCGGCCUGAUGUACAACAGCCGGAGCGAAUCACUCAGCCAAGCUCGGAGAGUCCAAUGACAACAGGGAUGCCUGAGCCUUCUCAAGAAAACAACUCUCAGUCGCUUCCGCGGCGCAGCAAGAUGCGGAGACCCGUCAAGAGGAGGUUUGCGGGCUUUGACGACGACGAUGACGAGAUAGGUACAGAGGAGACUCCACCUCCUGCCUAUGGCGCAGCGAGACCCCAAUCACCAGCGCGGGAGGACGAGGGAGGGCUGUUUGCUGGCACCUUUCGGUCGCAGAGAAAGAGAGCGCCUUCUCCUGUACCUGAAGCUGAUCUGAUGGAAGGCAUGGCGCCGGCUGUGGCAAAGUUCAAACGGCAACGUCUUGAAAGGGGAGGGCGCUUUGCUGAGCCGUCACCCGAACCUGCCCCGGAAGAGCCUGAACAAGCAAAGUCCACGAGCGAAACGAAGAAGAAGGUCAAGGAGGAGAUAGACGUCCUGGCACUGGCUGCAAAGAACCGCGAAGAGGCGGAAGCCAGGGCCCGAGCCGAGGCCGAGGACCUGGCCAGACUACCAGAGGGCAUCGACUUGGCCGAAAUACGUCGGCUGCAAAUCGUGGAGGAGAUUCCCCUUCGCCCUACAGACAGGGCAUCAGAAAGGACGAGAGAACAGGAGAUUGCGGAUGGACGAUGGAAUCCCAAGUGGAACGGGAUGAAGAACUUUAAAAAGUUCCGCAAAAGGGGCGAGGUAACGGGAAGGCAGCCCGCCCGAACCAUCAUCGCCCUCACCGAAGUCAAGGCCAAGGAAUUUGGAGUCGGUGACAAUUAUUGGCUGGAAGAUGUCAGUAGCGACCGCAGAAGGGGGACAACGAGCCAGCGAUCUGCCGUCGGCGCCAGCGAGGCGAGGAAUUCCCCCUUCGUGGAGCCGGAGCGGCCGACGACGACAACGCGUGGUGCCUCUUCGGCGCGGAUUAUUGCCUCUGAUAGCGACGAAGACGAAGUAGCAGAAGCUACGCCAGAAGUAUCAUCUGCCAGAGCUGCGGCAUCGAGAAGAGGUGGAAGCAGGGAGGAGUCGCAGAGGGCUACGCGGAGCCAGCUCACCGGCGGGCAGUCUCGGGCGACGAGUCAAGCGAAGAGAGCGGCCACGGAGCCGGCGGCAGCUCGGGACGCGCCGCCGCCGAAGAGAUCGAGAGUGGCGCCGAAGCUCUUGGAGGUGGAGGAUAGCGAUGAUAGCGACGACGAGCUCAAGUUUAGAUUUGGCAAGCGACGGUAA